UCUCUCCUCUACUCUCUCCCCACUCUCCUCUCGCUCAGCCCCCCUCUCUCUCUCGCUCUCUCUCUUCUUCCCCUCUCUCCUCUGUCCGUGUAAAACACUCGGAAGAGUUCUGGCACUCAUCGAUCGCUCCGCGCCUCUCUCCCCAUGCCGCCGCCUCCUCCUCCUCCUCCUUUGUCGCUACCGCUCCCCUCUCUGCCGUUACUGCCGCCGCUGUUGCUGCUGCUGUUUGCACUUGUUCUGGGGGGCUCCCGAGCCGGGCUGUACGAGACUGGGGGGCCCGUGGUGGAACUCGGCGCCGAGGGGAUUCGUCUCGCCAUCGUCAACUCCACGAGCGCCUGGGCGGUCCACUUCUACACGGAGUGGUGCGGCCACUGCGCGGACUUCGCUCCCGUUUGGACGGCGCUGGCCAAAGACAUCACAGAUUGGGGGGCCGCUGUGCGGAUCGCCGCUUUCAACUGCGCAGGGACCCGAGGUCGCGCCUACAGAACGUGUCGUGACCUCGGGGUCAGGUCAUGGCCACAGUACACGUUCUACAAAGCGUUCAGCAACUCAUCGCUGCACGGGGACUCCUACCCUGAGUUGGAGGGCACGAUGCAGGCCCUGAGGCGCUGGGUCAUCUCUCGCCUGCUGAGCCACGCGGCCGAAGAAUGGCCUCCUGCCUGCCCUCCCCUCGAGCCAGCCAGUCCGCAGGAGGUGAUGUCAUUCCCCCGUGAGGAGGAGCAGGGAGACACCCUGGCCCUCAUCUUCGAGGAGGAGGAAUCUUUCGUGGGUCGUGAGGUGAUUCUGGAUCUGCUGGCGUACGAGCGACUGUCCGUGCGCCGAGUGCUGAGCUCCGAGUCGUCCCUCGUGAGCGCGUUCGCCGUCGAUUCCUUCCCCACGUGCCUCCUCCUCCACCCCAACGGCACGCGCGCGCGUGUGCACGUGCGCAUGGCGGUGCGAUCGUUCUUCGCCUACGAACUGCGGCGCCUGCCGGGGGUGACGCGUGGAGAGUCGUCCACAGUCGCCCACGCGCCGGGCGACGCUGCCGAGACGCGGGCGCCCUGGAGGGAGUUCGACGGGUCCAGGGUGUACAUGGCCGACCUGGAGGGAGGCCUGCACUUCGCGCUGCGCGUCGAGGUGGGCACGCGGCCCACGCUCUCCGGGGCCUCGCUCGCCGCACUCAAGAACUUCGUUCGGGUCCUCGUGAAGUUCUUCCCGGGGCGCGUGUGCGUGCUGCGCCUGCUCGAGUCGGUGCUCCGCUGGCUCGAGGCGCUGCCCCCGCGGCGUCGCGUCACCGCGCUCGAACUCGAGCGACUCCUCGACGGCAGCCACGCCCAGGAAGGCGGCGACCUCCUGCCGGACGUGGCCACGUGGGUGGGGUGCCAGGGCUCGGGCCCGCGGCACGGAGGGCUCCCGUGCGCGCUCUGGGGCCUCUUCCACGUGCUCGCCGCCUCCGCAGCCAUCGCCAACGACUCCCUCGUCGCCACGGGGGACGCCCCUGCGUGGGACCCGUUGGAGGUGCUGCGCGCCGUGCGGGGCUACGUGGCGCACUUCUUCUCGUGCCGGACGUGCGCCCUCCACUUCGACGCCGCGGUGCGCCAGGGCGCAGCGGCGGUGCGCGACGCCGACGCCGCCGCGCUGUGGCUGUGGCGGCAGCACAACCACGUCAAUGCGCGCCUCGCCGGCUCGCGCGCGGACGACCCGGCCUUCCCCAAGGCCCCGUGGCCCCCGGCGGCCCUCUGCCCCGAGUGCCGCGUGUCGCUGGGCGCGCGCUGGGCCUGGGACGAGGCGUCCGUGCUGCGCUUCCUCAAGCGCCACUUCUCGGCCGACAACGUCGCCCUCGACUUCCUCUCCCCGCCGUGCGCCUCCGAGUUCGCCGGCGACACGGAGCGGCCCCCGGCGCCGCUGGGCCACCGCGGCCGCGGGGCCGUCGACGACGACGCCGCCGGGGACGUCGCGGCGCCUCCUCCGGCGCGUCGGGAAGACCCCAUUGUCGACCUGGACGCCUUCGAAGAGCUGCAGCUGCAGCGGUGGAGGACGCAAGGGGCGGCGGCGGCGGCGGUGGAGGGCGACGCGGGACGGCGGGCGGCCCGGACGAUGCCGACCGCGACGACGGCGGCGGCGGUGGUGGAGGAGGCGGAGCGGUGGCGACGCGUGGGCGGGAGUCGCCCCGCCGUGCGAGCCGGCGACUUCUCGGCGGUGGACGCGGGGCUGUGCGCGCUGCUCUACGCCUGCUCCUCGCUCUGCCUGCUCGCCGUCUACUCGUGCCUGCGACGCAGGGUCAGGGGCACGGAGGGCGCCAGGGGCAGGAGGACGGCGGCUGGCGGGGCCUUGGGUCACUGACGCCGCAAGUGGGGGGCGGGGGGGGGGUGCGUGGCGCGAGUCCGCGUGUGUGUGUGCAGGUGUGUGUGUGUAUGCGUGUGUGCGUGUGUGUUUGAAUCGUUCAGGCCGAUCUACUGCUUGGGGUUUAGCCCGGCUGGGUCACAGUGUGAGGGACCUUGCAGAGCCUUGAAAAAUAUCGACGCAGUCCCCAUCAUCGGCGAGCUCCUCCGGCAGGCGAGAAGGCUGCGUUGCCUGGGUCACGUAGCCCGCGUGCCACCUCUGUGGAGGAGGCUCGUGAUGGACGCUGCUACUACAUAGUUGUAGGCAGUCGCCCUCCAGCAACAGCGGAGGGCAGAGGAGCGACGCUCACAACAACGGGCGGAGCGCCUAAAAUGCAUCAAGUUGGCACAGCGAGAAGCACGUGGGGUGCAUCUUCCAGUCAUCUCGGUCAGCCUCCAGCUGUAGACUCCGUAGACGUUACACCCACAACUGGUGUUCACUGGUUAGUUGACUUCCUUUACUUAAAUCAACCGAGUGCCCAUUGAGAUCCGUUAAUCUGGCUUCAAGUAAGAGAAUUAAACGCUGUGCAGGUUUGACAAUGGAACUGCAGGCAGUUUUUAUUGUUUACUAAAUGUAGGGUUCGGGCCACGGGUACUUAGAGAUCGACACUGAAGCUACUGCCCUUGAGCGCCAUCACCAUCGUGAGCCUUGGUCUAUCCACGGCUGGAUGGCCUCACCGCUCCCUCUGCAAGUCUCGCCCACGUUGGUGGGGGGGGGGGGGUGUAAUUGACCAUACUUCAUCACGCUGGGUCAUACUUCAUCACGCUGGGUCAAAACUAGGAUGCUCGCUUCUGGCCACGUGGUUUAGGGCCUAAAUAAAUAAUGAACCGGUUAAUCCCGAGACGUGACCGAGCAAAACCGGUUUUUCCAGGAAGUCGUGCUCAAGGUAACGCCUGCACCUGGAGACGAGGUGAACCUAUGCGGCCAUAGUCCUCGGCUCAGUGUAAAGUGGUUUUAGUAUUUACCCCCCCCACCCCACCUCCUCAAUCCACGUGCAGACAUUAUCACUGUUGAUGCUGUGCAUUGGACGU